AUACCACUGCCAAAUGCGCAGUCAUUUGAAGUUGGACUCUAUGCGACUCGUCGCCAUCUUGACUCGUCUGAAGCUCAAAUUAGCUGUAGAUAUUGAUGAAUUAAUUUUCUUCCGACAAGGUUUUCAUUAUCGAAGGAGUUUCUACAUUGUCAACGUUCUCUUGGAAUGCAAUACAAUUAUUACGAAGAACUCAACUAUCCCUUGAAUACGUUAUCAAGGAUCAUCUUCGUCAAUGUUGCUAUCUUUACACGAAUCUGGAUCAUUGUUUAGUAAUCAACAUGAAGCUUCUGCUCGCAUCCAUUGCUGUUCUAGCCGUGGUAGUUCACGGCUUAAAUGAAAAUGUAUAUCGUCCAUGCCCUCAGUUCUGGCUUUCAUUUAACGGGAACUGCUACCGUUACUUCGGCGAGCGGGUCACUUGGGAAGCGGCUCGGGAUCGCUGCAGGGAUCACUACUCCUUCAAUGGACGGGCUGAUCUGGUAUCCAUCCACACGGAACAGGAGAACGGCUUCGCUUACGACCUUUUUCGCUCUUCUGCAGGCAUCACACCGUCGACUCGGCCACCAUACUACGGGGCUUGGAUCGGUGCCUAUCAGACAACAUCAGGCUCGACCGGACGUUUCAUUUGGACUGAUAGAUCCGGUCUAAACUUCGAGCGAUGGGUACCCGGUCAGCCGGACAACCACGGUAACAACGAGGACUGCGCCCAUUUGUGGCGUAGGAACGCAGGAGAUGAUAUCUUCCAGGGUUGGAACGACCUUCCCUGUGAAGAAGACCUGCCUUUCAUUUGUAAGGUGGCCCCAAACUAGAUAUCCUUAUUCGGUUGUACUCUGAAUUCGAAGCUUCCUUGAUAUAUCUGUAAUUUCAAUUUUGAAUUCUUUGACAAAUUUCUUGAAAACCUUGGAAACAAGUAGUGCUAGCAGUGUAAAUUAACAAACUUGGGCUGUUUUUCAUAUUCCAUAAGGUCAGUCUUUUUCGUUUCUGCUUAAUUGCACGAGAAAAAAUGACAGUGUGGGUGAAUUUCACAUAUAAUUUUGUAUUUAUUUUGGUAUACAAACUGCACCACAUAAGGGCUCCUUCAAAGAUACCUCCGCAUUAACCAACUGCAGUUUUGGGGUGUGUAUAUGCACUUAAAGCCCUUUAAAAUACAUGUUUAAAGUACGUUUCUGGAGGCAAUUGGGAAAUGUUGAUUACAAAGUAUUUCAGAAUUACUGCAUACGUUGAGGUUAUGGAAUCAUCAAAAUGAUGGAAAAAGAGACUCGAUUUUAGUCACGUUGAGUGCUCACAUAAAUGUGUAUAUGGGACACGCACGUUUGGCAUGAAAGUUUGGUUCAAUAUUGUCAGCUAUUUCUCCUGAUUUUUGUCAUAUUUGAAGGCAUUCGCAGAGCACUUCAUUUUAGAGGACAUUUUUGCCAUGAUAUUAUUCAAAAUAAAUGAAAAGUAAUGCAUUAAAGAGAAUGAGAAAAAGUCAAAUUCUAAUCCCUGUACCAGCUAGUACUCAGCCUUCUCUUUGCGAGCGAGUGCAAUGUCAAUAAGGUGCUAGAUUUAUAUUAAGUACUUUCAAAUAUAAUUAAAAGAGAUACUUUUAAUUGGUUUUCGACUGUUCUGGGAUUCUAAACAUUUACCUUAGCGUCUGUAGAUAAGAGUGAAAACUCACCGUCGUUUUUUUUUUAAAGAUAAGUAGAAAUCUACAAAAAUAUGAUCAGAUAAAUAAGACUCCUUAAAAUGAAAGAUAUGAUAUUUAGAAAUUAUUUUAAGAUGCCACUUAACAUUUCUUUCAUCAUCUCUUUCUUUGUUUUGUAGUGCUUCCUUUUCCUUUUUCGCAUUUACUGCAACAUGUUACCUUUCUACUGUUCGACUAAAGCCGACUUUAUUUUAUUGUCUUAUAACUGGAGUAAAUAAAUUACAGGACAUAUCUAACAAUA